AUGUCUGGUUCCAGCCUGAUACUCGGCGGACGGACGGCCUUCGCCGGUGUGAAGGUCUCGGAUUCCAGAGGAGUAUGUGAGAAAUAUGGAUAUGCCUGGUUUCUGGAUAAGCUCAACUGGGAUACGAUGACCUUCCGACAACCGUCCGCGCAAUAUAUGAUGUUUAACAGCCCUUCGAUGCAGGCGGCGUUCCACGCACGGUACGCGCAGAUCCGAGACGUUCGUCUAGACUUCCUACGGGUGCACCAGGCCCACCGCUGGAUGGAAGAAUUUAGCUCCAUUCCUCCUUGCCUCGAUCUUCUCGCGGACUUCCUACGACAACUGUCUCUUUGUGUGUUUCGUAAGGACGUGUUUCUACAGGUCAAACGACUGUUACACCCGGACCAUGCUUCUCGGGCUCUAGCAGGAGAGGUUCCCCUUAGCUAUGACAGCAUCAGCGGCGUAUUUAUUGAGGGCGCCCAACCGUUACAGCUUCUAGAUCAGCGUCGGAUCGCGGUAAAGAGCGUGGACACUAUCUUCGCUUGGCUAUGGGAGUGGAAAGAUGGCCGUUUUGAUCGGAAGGGGUGGAAGGAUAAGCCAUAUCGUAUGGUAUACCAGCAAAGCUUUGAGGCUCUCCACCAAAUCUUGGGUAAGAAUAGAGCGCGGGAGUGGAAGAAAGUCUUAAGGACUUCAUUCCUCCAAAGCCACUGGUUACUUCCAUACCCACAUAGCAAUGGAUUUAUGCGCAGGUCUAAGGAUACAGGACAGGAGGUAUGGUGGUCUAACUUCAAUGCCGGAUUGUACGAACACUACAGGCAAUGGUAUGGUGUGUCGCGAGGGGGUGACCCUUUCCCUGCCGAAUAUAUCAAACACCAUCCAACGACUGGCUGGGGCCGCUCGUCUGGCGAAUCUCAGUACAUGGAGAACGCCAUGGAACCGGAGAUGGAUCUGGUUAGGCUGCCUGAAGGGGAAUUCUAUGAGAAAUUGUUACAGAUCGCCGAUCAGUUUUCCCAGAAUCCCGAUGCCCCAGCGUGGAAGAGAAAAGCCCCGCAGACUGUCUUUCGCUUUGGUAUCAGAAUUGGAGAUGAGUCGUUGUUGAAAGCCCAGCGCAAGGCUAAAGGCACCGUGGCGCAAGACUUAUGCAUGCGAAUGAUCCAAGCCCUGGAUGAAUAUGAGGUCUUGCGACAUUCUGGACGGAUGCUCCGGCCCCGCAAGAGGCACAGACGACAAGUUCUGUUGGCCGCGUGUGACACCGAAGACGAGAUCACAUCCGAUGAAGAAUCAAUCGCCAACCGACGCGAUCGCUUAGCGGCAAACAUCCUUGAGCUUGAACCGAAAAUGCGGGUGGCAGUUACCGCGGAGCGAAAACAGUACCGGUGGCCCCUUUUACAUAGUGUUCAUCUGAAACAUCUUGAGCCACGACUUCAGCGAUUCAAGAUUGCCGGAACACAAGCUGGCGACUCGCCUUAA